AUGACUGCUGAUGCUUCGAAUACCGGAAGCUUUUUGCAAGCUUCAACAACAAUUGAUUCAGCGCUGUUUUUCGUUUUUGCCGCAUUUAUUUUGAAUGUUAUUGUGGUUAUAAGUGAGUAAUUUUUGGCUGUCGAAUAUUGCACUUUAGAAUUUUUGAAAUGAAUUUGGAUUCGAAAUUUGUAAAGCAUGAAAAAGUAAAAAAUUUAUUUGGAAAUCAUAUGUUAGGUUUUUUGGCAGAACUUAGUUAUUUUUAACGUGAAUCCAACAUGGCAAACAAUGUAAUUUUCAAAAAAGUAUACAAAACGUUUCAUUAAAUCUAAAAUUCAAAAAAACUUGGAAUUUCACUUCAUAUUUGAUUUUUCUCUACUAGUAAACAAUUUUGUAGAACUUCACGGUAGAUGUUUCUAAAAUGUAAACCUACAGCAACCCCACUUUCCAAAAACUUCGAAUUCAAAUAUAUUUUUUCCAGUUGCAUUUUGUUAUUUUGAUCCGGCUCCUCAUGAACCUGCUCUAGUUUAUCGAACAUAUCACACACUUCGCCGAUUAUCUCGUCGAAAUGCUGAAGCUCGAAUUCGAAUGUCAAUCAAAUCGGAAGAAGAAGAGAGCAACGAUUCACCAGCACAAGUGCUUUUUGUUUGAAUUCUUCUACUUCUCCCACUUCUUGCUUUUUUCGUAGUGCAUGUUAAGUAGCGGGUUUUUCCUUUUUUUUUCCAAUUUUGUUAUCCCUUAUCAUCUCUAAAGAAUCAACUUAUUUUAAUUUUUUCAGUGUAACUCGUGGUCAACAACAACAUUGUGA